UCCGAGUGGCUAUUAUUGGGUAAAGCCAAUUCCAACAGGACGUGACGUUUUUCAUGUUUACUGUGACAUGACCAAUUACGGUGGUGGCUGGACUCUAGUUGUUGGUAUUAAUUCUCAAAAUCGUCUACAUCUUCAAAGCAGUUCUGUGGGUACAAGAUGCAGAGGAGGAGAUGUUUGUGUGGUUCAUCGUACAAAUGGAGUGAUACCUGCUAGGAAAUUAGAUGACAGGAUUAUAAGAGCUCUCGCUGAUGACGAAGGGACGUUUAGAGUUGACGUUGGUCCUAACAAAUACACAACGUUUUUUCAACUUCCACAAGGUGCGGCAGGAUUUCAAUCUAAUUGCGGAGGAACGAGCUGCGCACGAAUAAUUACAUCUCACAGUUAUCCUUACACUUGGGAGUCAAACUGCAAAGGAAUAACAGUUGGAUAUCAAGUUCCAAAGGAUUCUCACAAAGUAUUUGACAAUCGUGACUAUCAUGAGUGCGGGUCUUUAUGGACAUCUUCUCGUUACUCCGACAAGCGCGUCUUAUACGGCUACACUGGUGAUAGUGGAAAACUCACUGGUAUCUACUCUAAACUGCAAGGCUUUAUGUUCGUCCGCUGAACAAACUAAUUAAUUCAAGAAAGAAAGACUUGCUUGUUCUGACUGUUUGUUGUUGCACUUUCUCAUACUAAUUAAGUAUAAUAAUAUAUAACUACUAAAUAGAUUUUUGUUUUAUCUGUCCUGUACGUAUGUUACGAUCCAUUUCAAUCUACAAAGUGUGUAGACAGGUAUCGCUUGUCUUGUUGUGAAUGCAGAUGUUUUACACAUUAUUUUAAUUAAGAGAUUACU